AAGAGAUUUUGAAUCACAAUUUUAUACACACGAGGUCGGUUGAGGAGGCCAUGACCACACCUCUACCGCCGACCGCCAUGAACAUCGUUGCAGGCGCCGCUUCCACUAGUCUCAAGACUGUGCUAAUUACAGGGGUCAGCCGCGGCCUCGGUAAAGCCCUAGCACUUGAAUUGGCCAGUCGCGGCCACACCGUAAUCGGCUGCUCCCGCUCGCCGGAAAAACUCUCAGCUCUCCAAACCGAGCUCGCCUCCGCCUCCGAUGGCCGGAGCAAUGCUGACAAGCAUAUAUUCAUGAAUGUUGACGUGAGGUCUAAUCGUAGUGUUGAGGAGUUGGCGCGUGCUGUGGUGGAGAAGAAGGCUAUUCCUGAUAUCAUUGUGAACAAUGCUGGGACAAUAAACGGGAACAAUAAAUUAUGGGAGGUUCCGGAAGAUGAAUUUGACACUGUCAUUGAUACGAACAUCAAGGGUACUGCAAAUGUACUACGCAACUUCAUUCCAGUUAUGAUUGAGAACAAGCAUGGGAUAAUUGUCAACAUGUCGUCUGGAUGGGGAAGAUCUGCUGCUGCACAGGUGGCUCCUUAUUGUGCUUCAAAGUGGGCAGUGGAGGGCUUGACAAGGUCAGUUGCGAAGGAGCUGCCUCCUGGCAUCGCUGUUGUUGCGCUCAAUCCUGGUGUGAUCAACACUGAUAUGCUUCAAUCAUGUUUUGGCACUUCGGCUUCUCUAUACCCAACGCCUGAAUCAUGGGCACCUAGGGCAGCUACUCUGAUUCUGCACCUUACAGUGGCUGACAAUGGUGCACCUCUCACCGUGUGAUAUGACACGACGACAUGGAUGUUUGGUGCCUGAAGUCUGAAGAGUAAAUCCAUCCUGUUUUGUAGACUAGUAAGGUAAUAGAUCAUUCAUGUAAGCUAGUGUGCCCUGAAAAAAAUCAUUCCAGUUUGGCUCUAAAAUGUCAGUUUGAACCCGAAUAUACUAAUCAUUCAAUAGUUUUUAUUA